UAAUUAGAAUAAAAAAAAAAUAUAGAUCUGAUUGAUUAACUUGCACAAAAAUCAAUUGAAUUACAUUUAUAAAACAAUUAAAUGGGAAAUUAAAAUACUGUUAAUGGCGGAACUAUUAAUCUUGAUGACGAAGAUAUUAGCGAUGAAAGACUCUAAAGUUUAUAUAACUAAUACCUUAGAUCAUAAUAUUAACCUCAGCAGAGAUAACCCCCAAAAAAAUUAAGUAGAAAACCCUACUCAAUCUAAGAAGACUAAUAAAAUGAGAACUAUAUGAUCUUUACAGACAAUUUGUUUGAAGCCAAAAUAAAAAAAUAAAUUUACAAAAAGCAAAAAAGUCACUACUAAGACUAUAAUAGAAGAUUAAAAUAUCUUACUUCUAAAUCUGUUUUUAACAAAUUUGAAUACGACGCUCCUCAUUUAGAACUCCCUCCAUCAUAUAAUUAUCAUUCUAAAGUGAUGGAAAAUAUGAUUCCAAAUAAACGAAGAAAAAUUGACGAAUUAAGAAGCCCAGUUUACAACAUUUUGUUCAGUUAAGAUGGAAACUAACUGCUUAUUACAACUCAAGAAGAAUUGUUCACUUAUAACUAUAAUUAAGAUGAUGGUGAAUAUAAAAGAGGCAAAGUGCUUUACCCUAGAAAUAUUACAUGGACAAUUACGGAUAGUGACUUAAGUUAAAAUGGAAGAUAUUUGAUACAUUGUUCACUUAAUCCAUUUAUUUCUAUAUUUGAUAUCUAAACUGGAAAAUAUAAUAACUUUUAUAACUUAAGUGAUGGAGAAGAAGAUGAAGAUUAUUAUUACCACUCUCUAAGGUUCUUUAGUUGUAAAUACUCAGGAGAUGAUUCAAAGAUAUUAGCAUCUUCUGGAAAAACUUCUUAAAGCAAAGCUUAAAUUAAAAUGUUUGAUGUAUAGAGAGAGAGAGUUUCAGAUAGUAUUCUUGCCCAUGAUGAUGAUAUCAAUUCUAUAGCCUUUGUUGAUAAGCAUAAUUCAUCUGUAUUUAUUUCCGGUUCAGAUGAUAGAUCUGUAAAAAUAUGGGAUACAAGAGCACUAGGACCUAAUGGCUAAUCAGCAGGAGAAUUACUAGGCCAUGUUGCUGGAAUCACUCACGUUGACUCUAGACAAGAUAACUACUAUGUUGCCUCUAAUGGAAAAGACUAAUGUGUAAAACUUUGGGAUUUAAGAAAAAGUGUAUCUUCCUCUACUGGUAAAAAUAGAGUAUAAAAGCACUAUGAUUAUAGAAUGGGAGCUAUGACAGAAAAAGAGGUAUUAAAUAUACGUAAUCUAACUCAAGAAUAAAACUUUGAUAACUCAGUAUAAACGUUUAGAGGACAUAAAGUAGGAAAAACUCUAAUGAGAUGUCAUUUUUCUCCUUUAGGCCCCACUGAUAGAAGAUAUAUUUACACAGCUAGCUAUUGUGGAAAAGUUUUCUUGUAUGAUAUUUUAUCUAAUACAACUAAGCAUUUAGAAUUCUAAGAGGAAAAAAAUUAAUAUACAGCUGGUAUUUUAAAUGAUAUGGAACAAACCUGUGUUAGAGAUGCAGCUUGGCAUCCAAAAAAAAUGGAAAUCAUAACAACUAACUUGAAAGGAAAACUUUUUAAAUGGUUCAAUAAUGAUCUUUAUUUUGAAGAAAUAGAGGAUUUAGAGAAGCAAAAUAAGAUUGAGGACGAAUCUAAUUCAGAAUAGAGUAGAGCAUAAUCUUAAUUUGAAAAUUAUAGAUGGGAAUAUGAAGAUGAAGAUAAUUCCACAUAUAACAGAGUUUAAGAUGAUGAAGAUGAGGAAGAUGAAGAUUAUGACGAUGAUAUUGAUAAGGACUACGAAGACGAAGAGGAAAAAUAGGAGGAUAAAGACGACGAUGAAGACGAGGUUAAUGGUGAAGAUGAUGAUGAUUUAGAAGAAGAAGAGGAAAAUAGAAAUAUUUAAUAAAAUUAAGAUAAAUUUAGUGAUUAAGAUUCUAAUAAGACUUAAAGUUUCAAAAGUUUCUAAGAUUAAGAGGAAAGUAAUAGCUGA